AGGAGGAGAGAAGAGAACGGAAAAAAAAACAACAAUCAAUCAAUCACAGAGAGAGCGAUGGCGUCACGAAGCAGGAUGUUAGCGACACUUCUCUCCUCGAUCUCCGGCGGUAAGGUCUCUCACGGAUCAUCAUCGGAACGUAUCAUCGCGAGAACGGGAGCAUUGCUCAGCAGCGGCGGCCGUCGACGGAUCUCCUCCGCUUCGUCAUCUGCUGUUGUCGUGGCGGAUGAUGAUGAAGAUGAAUCGGGAGGGAUCUACGGAUUGGGAGGCGCGUUGAAGGAGUACGAGGAUUACAGGAGGUCUCUCUACGGUGGUGAGUUCACUCACAAGGCGUUGCUCGUCGACGCUGUUGGGACUCUCCUUGUUCCCGCCCAACCUACGGCUCAGAUAUACAAGAACAUUGGAGAGAAGUAUGGAGUUGAGUACUCGGAGGCUGAGAUACUUACUAGGUACAGAAGAGCUUAUCAGAAGCCAUGGGGCCAAUCCCAUCUCAGAUAUGUGAACGAUGCGAGACCUUUCUGGCAAUAUAUAGUGAGCGCAUCAACAGGCUGUUCGAAUUCUCAAUACUUUGAAGAGCUUUACGACUAUUUCACUACAGAACAGGCGUGGAAGCUAUGUGAUCCGGAGGCAGAGAAAGUGUUCAAGGCUAUUAAAGAAGCGGGUGUGAAAGUCGCCAUUGUGUCUAACUUCGACACUCGUUUAAGACCUCUCCUAAGAGCACUGAGAUGUGAAGACUGGUUUGAUGCUUUGGCUGUUUCAGCAGAAGUUGAAGCGGAGAAGCCAAACCCGACCAUCUUCUUGAAAGCUUGUGAGUUGUUAGGAGUGAAUCCUGAGGAUGCGGUUCAUGUAGGAGAUGACCGUAGGAAUGAUUUAUGGGGAGCUAGAGAUGCAGGCUGUGACGCUUGGCUCUGGGGAAGUGAAGUUACUUCGUUUAAACAGGUUGCUCAACGGAUAGGAGUCAAGGUCUGAAGCAAAGCAUAUGAGAGAAAUGGUUCAGACAUUGAUCAGGCUUUCAGUUUUAGCUCUCUUUCUUUUUUUUGUGUGAGCAGCUUUGUAUAUUUGGUUUCUUGUUUUGUUUGUAGUAUAUUGUGUGUUAUACAUUUUGCAGCUCAUGUAAAGAAAGACCAUAAAUAAAUGUAAAAUAUGAGAUCAAUAUAGCUUCAUGAUCGUUCUGGA